GUAAAUAAAAACCUAGUUCAAUCAUUGACCGUGGUUUAUCUAUAUCGUCUCCUGGUUAAUUGACGUUCCUUCUAUUGGAUGGUACAUUCCCCGUCUAGCAGCAUCCAUCCCCGACCGAGCAACCCUUCCUUCGCAAUUCAACCAACUUCCCCGCCAGCUCCUCAUUAACCCACCAAAUCUGUCCUGAUCAAUCGCAAAGAGACAGAAACAGCAGCAUGGGCUUCUUCUCAGGCUUCUUCAGCGGCUUCGCCCUCACAACCACCGUCCUCUACCUCUCCGUCCAAGUCCACCGAUCCAACCGCCUCGACCAGCGCAAUACCAUUCGCGAACACACGCGGAUUCUCAACGAACUGGCCUCGCCCGUAGGCGCUUACGAUCGCCGGUUAGCCCCGAAAGACAGAGACCUACGCGCAGUCACAGACCAGCCGGCGCAGACCCCGCCGUCCAGGCCCACGGUGCAGGCGAUGUUCAAGCACCGGUGGAACCAGGAGGUGGAGAAGUUGGCGCGCAGGGCUUAUGAGAGUCGGUGGGAGGAUGCGCGGGAUGCUGCUGCUGAGGGGUGGAAGAAUGUGGUGAGGUUGGUUAAGAAGGAGUGAACUUGUGGUGAAAAUUGUUGGUUUGGUUUGGUUUGGUUUGUUUUUGUGUUUGGCUCUGCUGUGUGUGUAUAUUGCGAGCGGAUUGGCUCUGAUACCCUUGUUAUUAUUAUUAUUAUUAUUAUCAUUAUGU